AAAUGCAAAGCGAAGCGCGGCGGGGAGGGCGUAGAACUGUAACAAGAAUCCGCGAGAGACAAAUAUGCGUUUCCCUAUAUACAAGCGCGCUGGCUGAUUUCUGCGCGAUGCAGAGUGUGGGCCAGACAGGAGACCAACAGGCGAUAAGACGUUUAACUGCUUCUAAAAAAAUGCAAGGGCCACCGGCCAGAACCACGAAGGGCGCUUGACCAUCCUUAGAGGCAGGUCUCUGAAGCUCCACGAGCGUCAAGAGCACACACGGGGUAUCAGAGGGUGGUACGCGACGAACGCGGGGAAAAGCCAAACAAUAUUGUACAGGCAGACAACGCCGAGAUAAUUCAGGCAACGCCACUAUACAAAAGACUGGAGGGAAGGAAAGAGCGAAAAGCAACACUCGACGCACCGCCAAGUCAGGCCCUCUGCGAGGCUGCGCGGUCGUGGGGCGGGGGAAGUCGUAAACUCGAGGAAGUCGCCACGGACAUUCGCCAGGCGAACGCGAGAAAAGCGAAGACACCGCGCCGAGCCGAUGUGGACGACAAAAGAAGCUGGGCCAGGGUAAAAAGAGCUCAAAAGACGCGACCCUGUAGUAGGACCAUUCUGCUGGCCGUGGGAGAGAGGGAAGGGCGCGGCCGGGCGCCGUUCUCCAUGAUGCUGGGGGUUCAGACCUUUCCUUGUCGGAGGAAACGCGGAAAAGGCAAACAGGAACUCUCCCCACCUGCCUCGAUUUCACAGCCGAGUUCCCACGCGUCGACGGCAAACGCAAACGCAGAAAGGCACCUCAACUGCGGACGCAAGAACUCUUCUUUCUGGACAUCCACCGCUGCCACCCGGCGGAGGAAUCAACGAACUCAACAGGUUGUGCAAAAGUCUCAGAUUGGAGAAGAAGCUAGCGACGGUUCGUCGCUGCCCCUUCUGACAGAGCAAAAAGAAAAAGGAUAAAAGGGACACCGGCGCCGGAUUCGCGUUUCCAUGCCCACGUGUGAGAAUCACCCUUUCCAAACGAAACACGCGAGAAAUCUCGAGAUGGUCGGUUUUCCCCCCCACUCACAGCGACCGAAGUUCCCCCACGCAAGCAACUCGCGUCGACGCGCUGCGCUAUCCAGUUCUCUCUCGGAUUCGAUACGUCCGUCUCCGAGGCAAACCGAAACUCGAGGACUCUGCCCUGCUAGGGAGUUUGACGCCUCGUCCACGCGCGCGAAACGCCUCCCGAAACGCCGCUUCUCCUCUGCCGAAAACGCCGAUUUCCCUCUCCACCGACAAGGCCGACCCGGCGCAAUAUGGGUCCGCGAACUUCUCGCGCUUUUCACACUGCACGAGACACUCGUGAAACUGUGAGGCACACUUAACUGCAAAACUCGCGGGGAAUAAGGACGGAGCGAUGCCUUCUCGGGGCUGUUUCACAACCUGGACGAACAACGAAACUUAACAAACAAC